AUGCAGGAGGGUGCAAGAGUCCCCUUUCUCACAUCUUUGUCACCAGUAAGCAGUGUGUUCAUGCGCUGCAUUUCAAGGGAGAAAAGUCCGCGUUAAGGGUAGGUGUCAUUCUGGAAUUUUGCGGGAGGCUGCUCGCAGGACAGGCCCUUAUUCCCAUGUCCAACUCCAACCACUUAUUCCCAACAGUUCGUUUGUCGCUCUCGACGACGCCCACUGUGUGGCAGAGGGGAUGCCAACUUGCGAGCGAUAGAAGACUUGCGCUGCGUCUACCGCACCCACUCCUCCUCGUCCAUCUAGCUCCGGUGCCAUGACAGGGUCAAGAAUACCAGAGGGGGGAUCGGACGCAGGUGGCAGGUGUAGCAUGAGCCCGCAUCUAUGCGUGCCAUCACACACACCGCCCCCUGUAUGACAUUUGUUAUGGGCGCGCAGCCCAAUUAUGGGUACCGGACGCUGGUUUAGCCUCCGUGUUGGUCCAGCACAUGCUCCUCGUGGCCGUCGUGGGGGUGAUCAAUCAGUUAUACCCAAAUUCAGACACCAAGCGAACCUGUGUUUUAGUCUCCUUACUGCAUAUUUUGGAGCUUUUGUUUUGCCGGUCGUUUCCGUGAAUAGUCGCGGCGACCAGGUUGUCCAAAUGUAUGUCCAUUGAGAAACACUACCCUGCUAUUCUUUUAAACUCGCAUGCUUGUCCCUGGAGACCUCGUCGGGUGGAAGCCAGCGUCUGUUAUUCUGCGUUGCCGACGUUGGUCCGUCUUUUGUAUGAAUGAGACUAGUUCACCGGACAGUCCUGAAUUGUCAUUUCUGAAACGAUCUGUAACUUUUCAUGAGUCAGGAGGCCACUUGUGCCCUUGGAAAACGAGAGCGCUGUGCGUCAGGUAAAUUUUUACGUCAUCAUUGACCGUUAACUCAACCAAAUUUCUCUCUCCUGCGGGUAUUUUAAACUUGCAUUGCGUUCAGUUCAUUUCGAGCACUAACCCCCAGAACUCGCUCGACUCCGUCUUCGCGUAAAAUCGGACGGUUGGUAAAUUCUCGCCAUCCAAGCACUCGCUUGUCCUCCUAGUCUUGGUCGAAUCGCUCGCUUGGCCGAGCAUUUGUGGACUUUCUUUGUGCCUGUCUCAAUGCUUGUCCUUAAGAUUCGACUUCAGUUCACGGAUUCAGUUCGCACAGAGGACAGUUAGUCGGUGGCUGACCUUAUGAAGUUUAUUAACACGCCAGAGUGUAGCAAUGAACUGUUAACAUGUGACGACUCAAAAGUGGUGCCCAGUAAGGUACUAAUUACUUUCCAGAAAUCUCUAUGCCUUUAUCGGAAUUCUGUCCCUGUAUAACAGGAUUAGCCCACACUGACUGGGGCGUGCUCAUGACCAAAUAGGCGGAAACAUUGUGAAUUUGCUUCAAAUUUCUUUGUGCGAAAUCAGGUCGUCGCCACAAGCGUACCUACCCUUGAAAUCACGCUUCCAGACCAAAGUAGAUCUUAAGACGUUUCAUCACUUUAAAGUACCAGGACCAAAUGCAACAUGUUCACCGACGCUCGUUUGUUAAAUUCCAGGAAUGAUGUUUACCUCCGCGUCCUAGCCCAAGCGCUAAUUCUAGCCCAAAUCAUAACCCUAAAUUCAACUUAGCACGAACACCAACCCUCAACUCCUGGAUCAAUGGAAUUUUAUUCGGUUAUAUGGCCCCCUAGACAGAACAUGAGAACAGGAACCGCCUGCAACACGGGUGGUUUUGAGUCAAAUUCCAGUGAAAUCAGGGUCAAGUUAAGGAUUAGGUUUAAGGUUAUGUUUAAAGUUAACGGUAACUUAAGCCAGGAUCUGAUUAGCCUUGAGGUAGGGUCCAGUGUUAACUGACGAUUUCACGUUUAGAGUACGGUUAGAGUCAGGACUAGGACAAAGGUUCAGUUUUAUAUUAGGUUUAUUGCCAAGAUUAGGAUACGGAAAUAUUUUGCUGGGAAGACGUGGUUAUGUAGCCUUACCUGAUAGGCACAAUGCUGUUGAGGUUGGGGUAGGGGGUUAAGGCUAGUGGAUAUGGUAAAGGGCUAGAGUAAGGGUUAGGGGUUGCGGUUAGGGGUUGCGGCUGGGGAUUAUGGUUGGGGGUUAGGUGUUGUGGUUAAAGGUUAAGGCAACUAUUCCUCAAUCCUCAAUCCCAAUUCUUUUUCCUUAGAAAAGGGCGGUCAAGCUUGUCCAGGAAAGGCGAUCCCCUUUGGCCGUGUGUAACAGCUAACUCUGAGAAACCAAAUUAGAGAGGGGCCUUAGCUCUGACCGUUUGAAACUUCUACUUUUCGAACUUAUAAGUAGGUACUUAAGCUUCCCCCUCUCCCUCUCGCUCUCACCACCUUCCAGGUUGACGUUAUUUUCUGUGAUUGGAUGGGUCCCAUGUUCUUCCAUCGGUCCAAUCUGCCGGCGGUAAUGGGGACGGUGCGAAGCCAUUUGCGGCGUCCCGGUGGUCGCAUCUACCCCCGUCAUGCCGUCCUCUGUAUCACUGGCUUGGAGUGCUCACAGCACCUGCUGAACGCCUACUGUCUUGACACCGCCACCACCACCACCGCCGUCUCGCCCCCCCUCCUUCACUCGACACUCUUCGCUCUACGACGCCCGAUCUGCCACCUGGCCUACCUGCUCGAUGUGAGCGCUGGAGCCAGCGGCCAGAAUUGA